AUAAAAAUGAUUGAUCUAUUCUCAAGUCCAUCUCCUAUUCCCUAAUAGUCUAUUACAAAGGAUGAAAAUCUCUAAUGUAAAUGGAUGUAAUAACGUUUCUUAUUUACCCAAAGCCAUUGUAAAAAAAUUGACUUUGAUAACAGUCAUACUACGUAACUUUUGAAAUAAUCUUGAAGGAAAUCCAUUUUUCCUAUCUCUUCAUAAGAAGAAAUACGAAUUCCAAGCGCAAAAAUUGAAAGUAAAGAGUUUUCGGAUCCAUUACUUUUAAGCUCAUACACUUAAUCAUACAUUGACAAAAACCAAUUAUCCCUUGCUUGUGGAUUGUAAAAGAGUCAAGUCACAUUAAACCUAUUAAUUGCAGGGCAAUCUGGAAGUGGAAAAUCCACUUUCGUUGAUGCUUUACUAAAUAAAGUAAAUUCCGAAAAUAUUCAUUAUAUAGAAACCUAUCGCGAGACAAUAUCAGGGAAACUCUUCCUAAACUAAUUAAGUCCAAGAAUCUAUGGGAGUGAUUGAAUAUGAAAACCAAAUUGUUUAUUUAAAUAUCUUCGACGCAAAAGGUUUUUAAAAAAAUGACUAAAAAGAAUGGUUUAAGGAAAUCAGACAUUUUAUCGAUUAGAAGGUAUCCAAUAUCCCAUAUCCUAGUUUAAAACCUAAAUUCGAAGAAACAAGUAUGCCUAUCUAAAUAAAACCCUCUACUCUCAGGUGUCUAAACUAGUAAACGACGAACGAGUAAGCACUUUUUAAUUAUUCCAUAGAUUCACUUAUGUCUUUACUUUCUCAGCGGACCUGCAUACUUUAAUGAGGAUAUUCUAUAUUUACAAAAGUUAUCCAACUUAGUAAAUGUCAUUCCAAUCCUGGCCAGAGGAGAUUAAUAUACAAAAUCAGAAGUUCUUGAAUUAAAACUAAGAUACAAUAAGACCUUUAAAGAAUUCAAAAUUGAUAUCUAUGAUUGUCUCAAAAUUAAUGAUGAAUAAUUUAAACAAUAACUCAUGUAAGGAGAAUUUGGAUAGUGUUCUCCCUUCAUGAUUAUUGCUUCUACUUAUGAAUAUUACAAUGAUUAAGGCAAGAAGAUUUAAGGAAGACAAUAUCCUUGGGGAUAAUGCGACCUAUGGAAUCCUUAGCAUUCAGAUUUCUUGCUGCUCUACAAAUCAUUGAUAGGAUAUUACAUAUAUGAUUUAAUUAAACUUACUGAUUUCUAUCAGCAUAGCUUCAUUAAAAGAAAACAAGAGACUCAGAAAAAGAACAAAAGCAGAAUGGGCUUUUUAAAUUAAAUAUUGGUUCAGAUCAAUUAAAUAUUAUAUUUAAUUGAUUGA